AUGGUUACAGUGUGUGUUGCUGCGUUUCUUCUGUCAAUUUUGAACCCUUACAUUGCGGAUCGCAUGGUUUUGGUCGAAUUAUCAAAGGCUCGUACAUAUGUCCACCGCGAGAUAAGUACAGCGAAUCAGUUCCCCAUGAAUAAGCCUAGUAAAGAUAUUUAUAUGAUUAAAAGCGACAUUAAAAGGCCUGGAACUUCUUACGCAAUUUAUUGCUCGCAGAAAUUGGAUGGGCGAACUUUAAUGGACGGACUUCUCAAUCAAUUAAUUCCUUUCACUGUUGACAGACGAAUUAAAGAUCAGCGUAGAAUUAAUCCAGAAAAUCCAUGUCUUUCGCAGCUUUCAAGUAUGGCCUUGAAAAAGAACUACAAUCUUAUCUUGACGAGCGAAAUAAUAAACAACAAUGUUUGCACGGGAAGAAAUCUGAUGGAGCUGGCUCUGCACAAAUAUAUCCAUAUCCAUGAAUAUCGUACCAAUGGGAGUGAGGAAAGACUAAAAAAAAUUCGGGUUUAUUUUGACGUAGGGAUGGAAAUUGAGUUUGGCGAAGGACAGGUUUACUUUGAGGGCAAAAAAGUAAAUAAUCAAACUGAAGAUGAGAUUUUAAUAUGGUACCUAGGCUACUUACACGUACUUCGCCGCAGAAUAAAAAGAGGGGGGUGGUAUGCAAGCACCUCUCUAACAUCAAUGGAUUUGAAUGGAUAUGAUAUAUCUAAAUUUAUCCGGCGAAACAGCCCUCCGUUCAAGAGGUUCGUCGAAACUUGGGAGUUCUUAGGAACUCUAGUAGACGAAAGGAAAAAUUAUCCGGGCUUAACUGAAAAGGAAUUAACGAAAGAGAGGCAACGAAAGAUAUCUCAUGAGAAGAUAGAGAGACUAAAAUUGGGUAAUCUUAAGCCGUCAGAUGUCCAUGGUACUAUAGUAAGCUUUACAUGGUUUGGGGAUCGUGAUCAGACGUUGUUUUGGUAA